ACAACCAUGCUAAAAUACUCCAGUUUUGCAUUUUUCUUCUUUAUUUUGCUUAAACUUGCUUCUUCUGCUUCGUUUGAUGAAGCUAAUGCUCUACUAAAAUGGAAAGCUAGUUUUAUAAAUCAUAACAACUUGAUAUUAAAAUCAUGGAAUCUUGAAACCAAGAAUUCCACAAAUUUUUCUAACCAUCCAAAAGCAAGUUCCAGUCCAUGCAAUUGGUUUGGAGUUUCUUGCACUGACGGAAGUGUCAAUAGGCUGAACCUUACAAAUGCAAACAUUCAUGCCUUCUUCUAUGAGUUCCCGUUCUCAGCUUUCCCAAAUGUUUCUUAUAUAGAUCUUUCAUUCAACCGUCUCUAUGGCAUCAUUCCACCUCAAAUUGGUAAUCUCUUCAAACUUGUCUAUCUCAAUUUAUCAACCAAUCACUUUACAGGAACUAUCCCAACACAAAUAGGUAAACUCUUCGAACUCAACUGUCUUGAUUUAUCAAACAAUCAGUUUAUAGGUCAAAUUCAAGCUUCGUUGAGUAGAUUAACUAGUUUAAGAACUCUGUUUCUCUUUUCCAAUCAAUUUUCUGGUCCUAUUCCUCUUAAGUUGGGGAAGUUGACAUCACUCCAGGACCUAGCAUUGAGCACAAACAAUCUCACAGGUCAAAUUCCAUCUUCAUUGAGUGGAUUAACUAGUUUAAAAACCCUGUGUCUCCAUUCUAAUCAAUUUUUUGGUCUCAUUCCUCCUGAGUUGGGAAAGUUGACAUCGCUCCAAUACCUAGAAUUGAACACAAAUCAUCUGACGGGUCAAAUUCCAGCUUCGUUGAGUGGAUUAACUAGUUUGAGAACCCUGUAUCUCCAUAAGAAUCAACUUUCUGGUCCUAUUCCUCCUGAGUUGGGGAAGUUGACAUCACUCCAGGACCUAGAAUUGAGCACAAACAAUCUCACGGGUCAAAUUCCAUCUUCGUUGAGUGGAUUAACUAGUUUGAGAACCCUGUAUCUCUAUAUGAAUCAACUUUCUGGUCCUAUUCCUCCUGAGUUGGGGAAGUUGACAUCACUCCAGGACCUAGAAUUGAGCACAAACAAUCUCACGGGUCAAAUUCCAUCUUCGUUGAGUGGAUUAACUAGUUUAAAAACCUUGUAUCUCCAUACGAAUCAACUUUCUGGUCCGAUUCCUCCUGAGUUGGGAAAGUUAACAUCACUCCAGGACCUAGAAUUGGACGAAAAUAAUCUCACAGGUGAAAUCCCAAUUUCAUUAGGGGACCUCAGCCAUUUAAAACAUUUUAGUCUAUCACAAAACCAACUCUCUGGUUCCAUUCCAAGUGAAUUGGGAAAAUUGAAGAAGCUGGUCUUCGUGAAUAUGUUUUCUAAUCGUUUUUUGGGUGAUUUGCCAGAGUUAUGUGGUGGAAGAGUAUUAGAAAUACUUACUGUGAACUCCAAUAGACUUUCAGGUCCAAUCCCUGAAAGCUUGAGAAAAUGCUCCAGUUUAGUUAGACUCCGGUUCGAUAACAACCAACUUUCCGGAAAUGUUUCUGAAGAAUUUGGUGUAUUUCCAAAUUUGAAGUUCAUGGACCUAAGUAGCAAUAAUUUCUAUGGUGAACUCUUGAGUGUUUGGGGUAGCAACAAACGACUACAAGCUCUGAAAAUUGCAAAGAAUAACCUUACAGGGAACAUUCCUCCAGAAUUUGGAUGUUUAAGUCAACUGCAAGUACUCGAUCUUUCUUCAAACCAGUUGCGUGGCGAGAUCUCAAAGGAAAUUGGAAAGUUAACUUUACUUCUAAAUCUAUAUUUGGAAGAUAACCAACUUUCUGGAGGUAUACCUGAAGAAUUGGGAUCGCUUUCACAUUUAGAAAACCUUGACCUUUCUAGAAAUGGACUGAUAGGUCAGAUACCUGGAAAUUUAGUGAACUCUGAGCAGUUGCAUUACUUGAAUUUGAGCUUCAACUAUUUAAGCCAGAGAAUCCCUCAUCAGCUUGGCAAUUUAAUCCAUCUAUCCGAGUUGGAUAUGAGUAAUAAUCUACUCACCGGAGAAAUACCAUCUGAAUUACGAUUUUUGGCAAGCUUGGAAAUGUUAAACCUCUCUCACAAUCACCUCUUUGGAGUCAUUCCUAAGAGUUUUGAAGAAAUGUCUGGCCCGGUGGACAUUGAUAUAUCUUAUAAUCAGUUGGAGGGUCCAGUUCCUAGAGGCAGAGCCUUUCAAAAUGUCUCCAUAGAGCAACUACAAGGGAACAAAGGAUUGUGUGGCAAUAUUGUAGGAUUACAAACAUGUAAAAGCCCUCCUGGAAUUAAAAGCAAAAAGACGGGGAAUGAACACAAAAUCAUUUUGAUAAUUGCAACCCCACUUCUUUGUGCUUUUUUACUUCUAUUUUCAUUCAUUGGGAUCCUCAUCCUAUAUAAACGCAGAAAGAUGAAUCCAAAGAAAGUAGAUGAUGAUUUGUUCACUGUAUUCAAUGGAAAACUCACGUAUAAAGACAUCUUAGAGGCCACAAAUGAAUUUGAUCCAUCUUUUUGUAUUGGAGAGGGAGGAUGUGGAAAGGUUUACAAGGCACAACUUUCAUCAGAAAAGAAAAUAGAAGGGAAAAGACUUCAUUCCUCAUCUGAAAUAAUUACAGUAGCAGUCAAAAGACUUCAUUCAUCAUCUGAAAUGGCAAACUUUGAAGUUUUCCUGAGUGAAAUACGUGCAUUGACAGAAAUCAUGCACCGAAACAUUGUGAAACUUUACGGCUUCUGCUCAAAUGAUCAAAACUCACUUUUGGUCUAUGAAUACCUUGAUAGAGGUAGUUUGGCCAAAAAUCUAAGUGCAGAUGAAGAAGCCAAGAAAUUGGAUUGGCUUAAAAGGUUUAAUAUCGUGAAAGGCGUGGCUCAAGCUUUGUCUUACAUGCAUCAUAGUUGUUCUCCUCCAAUUGUUCAUCGAGACAUAUCCAGCAACAACAUUUUGCUUGAUUCAGAGUACGAGGCUCAUGUUUCAGAUUUUGGCACUGCUAAGUUUCUGAAAUGCAAUUCAUCCAAUUUCAGCUCUCUUGCAGGCACAUAUGGUUAUUUCGCUCCAGAACUUGCAUACACAAUGAAGGUUACUGAAAAGUGUGACGUGUAUAGCUUUGGAGUGUUAGCAUUGGAAGUGAUCAAAGGAAAGCAUCCUGGCGAAUACAUUCAAUACGUAACAACUCCAUCAAACGGAGAUUUACGGAUGGAAGAUUUGUUGGAUCCACGCAUUCUUUAUCCCACUCGAGAAGAAGAGGUGACUUUGAUGUCCAUUUUUAAACUUGCAAUUGAAUGCCUACACUCUAAUCCACAACAUCGGCCAACUAUGCACAUUGUUUCUGAUAAGCUAGUGCAUCGAUCAUCUUCCUAUAAGUGAUGUCUGGGGUCCUCAAUAUCACCAGGAACAAACAAUCAGAAGAGAUCGUCACCAGAAUAGUGCAUAUGUCCCCAAAAGCGCCUCUAAGUCCUCUACACGUGGCCUUCACAUACCAGCAUCUCUAUCAUCGUACGCGACUCAACUUCAGAAGUUGGAAUAUGGUCUUGAUUUCUCCACCAGGUCUCUGGAUUGGUCGAAAAUUAGUUUGAAGGUUCGAUUUGUUUCAUUUUCAACUGUCUCUUCAUGGUUUCCGUUUAUUCUUAUACACAGAUCCGUUCUUUGUUGGUAUCUACUCAAAAGUUUACACAUCUCUAUGCUCUGAUACCAUUUGUCGUGAAAAUUAACACCAAGAUUGUCAAUUGUGUAAAAAAAAAAAAAAAAAAAAAAAAAUAGGGUAGUCAUUGGCUGUUGGUGUAUUUUAAUAUUUUAAUCAUUCAUUGAAUUCUUAUUUAAUAGGUUUUUUGGGCGGUUCUGGAAAUUUGAAAACUGAAAGGUAAAAAGUUGAAUAUGUAUAGACAUGUAACCAUCUUGUGUUUUAUGACA